UCAAGUCUAUAAAAAUGUGUGCACUAUGCUCGUAACAGAUUAUAGUUUUGGGAACAGAAAUGUAUUGAGAGCAGUUUUUUCAAAGAUGAAAAAAAUGUGCACAACGUCGGCCCAGUUUAACCUAGUCCCAUCCUCUCACUACCCGUGACUGUACUUCCUCUCUACCAUAUUUGUUGGUGAAAAAACGAACGCUUCAGCUUUAUAGCCCCUGUGACGCGUCUGAGUUUAACCUUCUGUCUGUGGUACAACCGUUCUUUUUAUACGUCAGUGGUACAACACGGAAGAAGGUCUUCGCUGCAAUAAUUUGACACUUCUGCUUGUUCACUUCGAGUAACUACAUGUCUAUUCUUCCUCAAGAAGAAUUGGUCAAGAAAUGGGAAAGUGAACAGGCCAGCCUGAGGCAGCAGGUGGUGGAGGAGGACACAGAGGAUUGGCAGAGAUGUCCCGACUUCACCGGGCUGGAGAGGGUUGGAGGAGUGGACCUGUCGUUCAUCAAAGGAGAUGACGUCAACGCCUGUGCCCAGCUAGUGGUGCUCAGCUACCCAGACCUAGAGCUGCUGUAUGAGGACAGUCAGAUGGUGACCCUGACCGCCCCCUACAUCUCAGGGUUCCUGGCCUUCAGGGAGACCCCCUAUCUGCUGGAGGCACUGCAGCGCCUGGAGACGACCCAGCCCAGCCUGCUACCUCAGGUGGUCUUGGUGGAUGGGAAUGGUCUGUUCCACUACAGAGAGUUUGGCCUGGCGUGUCACCUGGGAGUUCUGUCAGGGCUUCCCUGUAUAGGUGUGGCCAAGAACCUCCUGCAGGUGCAGGGUGUGGAGAAGAACGAGAAACACCAGUCACAGAUUGCCUCAUUGCAGAAGGGAGGAGAGAGCUUCCCUCUGACUAGCGACUCAGGAAAAGUGCUGGGGAAGGCCCUGCGUAGUUCUGACAGCAGUACCAAACCAGUGUAUGUUUCAGUGGGCCACAAGAUCAGCCUGGACACGGCCCUGCGCCUCACACACUCCUGCUGCCGCUACCGUGUUCCAGAGCCUAUCAGACAGGAAAUGCUAAAGCACUGCUGCUCCCCAGCUGGUUGCCGUAACAAAUGGAUUUUCAAUGCGGACAUGCGCUCCAGAGAGUACCUCCGUGUCCACUUCCCAACUGCUGCAGACACCUGAGCAUAGAGGAGAUUGGUAGGUGUUUCAACAGACAGACACGCAGAGUGCUGGGAAGUGGACACAUCAUGAAAUGCAAAACACAACAGUGAUGCCUAACAAGAAGAUAGCCGAAGAGCCUUCAACGUGCCUGUUAGUGUGUGAAUGUGUUUUUGUGUGUGAGAGAGUGAGUGGGUGCAUGAGAGAGAUUUACAUGAGAUUUACAGUGUUUUUAUGCAUUCUCUUUAUAUCUACAGUAUAGUCUAUGGGUAUUUUUAAGAAUAGAAGAAUAUAUUUAUAUACUGUACUCAUGUUUUGGGCUCUUUUUAUACAGAGAUGCUUUUUAUCCUGUAAAUAAAUCCCAACUGAGCCCUGAA